AGGUCACGUGUUCGCCGCCGGCCGGCCAAGAUGGCGGCGUCCUUCGUGGCGCUGCUGGCUUUGGUGCUGCUGCUGCCGGUGCUGUUGCUGGGCGCGUGGAAGCGUGGGCGGCAGGCGGGUGCGGCCCCGCACGUGGUUGUCGUGGUGCUGGGCGACGUGGGCCGCAGCCCCCGCAUGCAGUACCACUCGCUGUCAUUGGCCCAGAACGGCUUCUCGGUGACGCUGCUGGGGUUCUACAACUCCAAACCUCGAGAUGAGCUCUUGCAGAGUGACAGGAUUCAGAUUGUGAAGCUGACAGAGCUGCAGAGUCUGGGAGCUGGACCCCGAGUUCUCCAGUAUGGAGUCAAAGUGGUAUUUCAGGCAGUGUACUUGCUAUGGAAGUUGAUGUGCACAGACCCUGCAGCCUACAUCUUCCUCCAGAACCCCCCGGGCCUGCCUGCCAUUGCCGUCUGCUGGUUGGUGGGCUGCAUCUGUGGGAGCAAACUGGUCAUCGACUGGCACAACUAUGGCUAUUCCAUCAUGGGCUUGGUGCAUGGCCCCCGACACCCCAUUGUGCUGCUGGCCAAAUGGUACGAGAAGUUCUUUGGGCGCCUGUCCCACCUGAACCUGUGUGUGACCAAUGCGAUGCGGGAGGACCUGGCAGAGAACUGGCGUAUCAGGGCUGUGACUGUCUACGACAAGCCAGCAUCUUUCUUUAAGGAGACGCCCCUGGACCUGCAGCAUGAGCUCUUCAUGAAGCUGAGCCACACGUACUCUCCUUUCCAGAGCUGCUCAGAGCCCUCGGACGCCAGCAUGGAGAGGUCUGCCUUCACUGAGAGGGACUGUCAGAGCGGGGUGGUGAGGAGUCUGCAUGGGCGGCCGGCACUGCUUGUGAGCAGCACUAGCUGGACAGAGGACGAGGACUUCUCCAUCCUGCUGAGAGCACUAGAAAAGUUUGAACAACUAGCAGUGAGUGGAGACAGCCUUCCUUCCUUAGUCUGUGUGAUAACAGGGAAGGGGCCUCUCAGGGAGCACUACCGCCACCUCAUCGGGCAGAAGCACCUCCAGCAUGUCCAGUUCUGCACCCCAUGGCUGGAGGCUGAGGACUAUCCGCUGCUUCUAGGGUCAGCGGAUCUGGGUGUCUGUCUGCACAUGUCUUCCAGUGGUCUGGACCUGCCCAUGAAGGUGGUGGACAUGUUUGGGUGCUGCUUGCCUGUGUGUGCCGUGAACUUCAAGUGUUUGCAUGAGCUCCUAAGACACGGAGAAAAUGGCCUGGUCUUCAAGGACGCGGAGGAGCUGGCAGCCCAGCUGCAGAUGCUUUUCUCAAAGUUUCCUGACCCUGCUGGAAAGCUAAACCAGUUCCGGAAAGAACUCCGGGAGUCACAGCAACUGCGGUGGGACGAGAGCUGGCAGCGGACUGUGCUCCCUUUGGUCACUCACAUUGACCUCCAGGCCAGAGGCUAGGGCUCUGUCCUCAGGGUGUGGAAUGAGGCCCCGCCCAGCUCCAUCCCUCCGGUACCGCAACCCCUUCCCAGCCGGCCCCUGCUCCACUUUGUCCCUGGUGGGCUUUUGAGUGCCCCCUAGUGGCCAGAAGCCUAAGGACGGCAGAGGACGCAGAAGGGAAAUGGAUGAUCUGGCAGCUGCUUCAAUCGCUGGCUCUUGAGAAGCUCUUCUCUCUGGUGACCCUGUCAACCUCUCAGUCCCUGGUUUUUGUGUCCAGACUCUCACAUUCCUGUGUUCUGGUUCUGCUGGGCUGCCAUGAGCUCUGGGAUAUCGUGUGUUCAAGGCCUGAGCUGUCUGGCAGGACAAUCAUACUUGAUAAAUUCAUGUUUUUAUUAGUGCAAAGGAAAUGCUUGCUCUGAGCCUGUGUCCAUUCCAGAUGAGUUGCUGAGGACAGGCACCAGCACUCAAAGCCUGUGCUUACUGUACAUCUGUGGUUUGUUAUUUAACAUUCCUGCCCAACAAAAGCCUUUUCAGCUCUCC